AUGGUAGCUUUAAUUGUGUAUGUUGAUGACAUUAUUAUCACCGGUGAUUGGAACUCAGAGAUACAAAGAUUGAAGAGAUUCUUGGCCACCCAAUUUGAAGUGAAGGAUUUGGGGCCUUUACGUUAUUUCCUUGGAAUUGAAGUGGCCCGCUCUAAUCAGGGUAUCUUCAUCUCCCAAAGGAAAUAUGUUCUUGAUCUCCUGAAAGAUACUGGGAAGCUUGGAGCAAAACUUGCUAACACUCCUAUAGAUGUAAACCACAGGCUCGAGGAUUGCAGUGAUGAGCCCAUAGCAGAUAUGAAGCAGUAUCAAAGAUUGGUGGGAAGACUUCUCUACCUAUCUAUGACAAGACCUAACAUUGCGUAUGCAGUGGGAGUCCUUAGUCAGUUUAUGCAUGCACCCAAGGCCACACACUUGGAGGCAGCACACAGAGUUCUUAGAUAUUUGAAGAAAUUCCCUGGGACAGGACUCCUGUUUGGAAAACAUGAGCAUAUAAGAGUUGAGGUUUACACUGAUGCAGAUUGGGCUGGUUCUGUAGAUGACAGAAAAUCUACUAGUGGUUAUUGUGCUUUGGUUGGGGGAAACUUGGUUACUUGGAGGAGUAAGAAACAAAGUGUGGUGGCCCGAUCAAGUGUAGAAGCUGAAUAUAGAGCCAUGUCUCAUGGUGUGGCAGAACUUCUAUGGAUAAAGAAUCUCUUGGGUGAAUUGGACUUUCCUCUCAGUGAUCCUAUAGAAAAAUUGGAAAAAGGAGAAGUUUGCCCUCCCUACAUCAGCUCUGAGGAACAACUGGCAGACAUCUUUACUAAAGGAUUAAAUUCCAUGAGGCACUAUAAUCUUUGUGACAAGUUGGGGAUGAUUGAUGUCUACGCCCCAACUUGA